UAGACGGUUCAAAACAUUCCCGGCUCCGAUGGAGGGUUCCUCAAGAUUUGUGAAGGGUUUCUCCAAUGUUGUAAAAUCAUAGUUAAAUGGGUGGCUAACAAGUAGAUGGUUAAGAAACAAAGUUCACAUUUUACAAAGAAAAGGCAAAUAUUCCAAAUUUAGGAUCUUCAAUCUGGGGAAUUAUUUGUUCGUCCAUGGACCAUCUUCAGUGUUUCCCACUAUCUCAACAGUUUGGGUCGGUGCACCAUGGCCCCCACUUGUGCAUACUGGUAUCUUAAUUAACUGUACUAACUGGCCCAAGCAUUUUAUUAUUCCUGGUCUCCUAUGUUCCUUGAUCCUAUGAAAAUGCAUCCAAUAGCUAAUAAAUUGAUAUUAAAACGAAUACAAUCAAGAUUAGUAGAGAUUCUAUUGAGUUAAAGAGGAACUUAAUGGUCAUCUACUCAGAGGAUAUAUACAGCAUACCUUGUUUUCACUAUGUUCAAGUAGAGCCCAUUGUUUACUAAUCCUGACCAUUGGUAUGUUUAGCUCCAUCAUUGACCAUAGAUGGAUCAUACCUUCAAAUUGUCAUCGAUCCAACAAUUCUGACCUUUCAAUCCAUGACCUGGAAGUAUAUGGUAGAGGAGUAACACACCAAUGAUCCACAUUCAAGUGGCUAGGAUCUUACAUGGCAGAUUUCUGGGUCAUGAGCUGUCUGCGAAGGGAUGCAAGAGACCAGAGGUCUAGAUCACAGAACUGUGGGCCCCACCAGCACAAUGUGAAAAUCCAAGGGUCCGUGCAUAUCAGCAUAUCAAGGAUCAAUUAAAUCACCAUCCCAGCUUAAAGCGUGCCAAGAAUGUACUCACACUUCACAUGCUUUUCAGUUCCAACUUCCAAGGGUGUCCUAAUAAAUGGAGGAACUAUCAGGAUCAUCCUCCAUUCCUCAACUUCAUAAUCAGCACCACCCAAAUCAGCCGGAGACGUUGGACCAUCCAGACACAAACAGCUCCCCGCAUGUCAGCCGGGUCCGGAAGCUGCUGUUCCGUAGGAUGCUUGUUGGUGUCAAUGAUGGCCGCUUCUUCGUGGGUGCAUUCCAUUGCAUUGACAAACAAGGGAACAUCAUCCUCCAGGAUACAGUGGAGUAUCGAAGCACCCACCGCUCGUCGCCUUCUCCAAUGGAGCAGCGGUGCCUAGGUCUCAUCCUCAUACCAUCUUCUUGCCGCUCAUCCUGUCAUGUUGACUGCUCCCUUGAGGAGCAGCUCUCUCUUUUAUCUGUCGAGAAAUAACAUAUAGUAGAAUCGAUUUCUGUAGAGUGCUGGCUGUACUGUUCCGCUAUAGCAUUUCUUUGCUGUCAUUUGGUGUGGAGAUGAUGAAAAAUGCGCAGCCGAUUGAGGAAAUGGAGAAUCCUAUGACAUGUGGUCCA